AUGGAAUCGCCGAGUGAGGAAUCCGUCCAGAAGCAGCACCAAGCAUCACAAGAUGCACCACCGACCAAGACAUUAUGGUUGAGGGUGGCGUUGUAUUAUGCCCCUGGCAGAGCUUUUCAAAGGCAAGAUACAUCGAGAAAGCCCAAGCAAGAUCUUACUGCAGAGCAAACAACAAGACCUGAGGGGGCGGCAAGAACUCACGAUCUAAGCUAG